AUGGUAGACAAAGCAAAAACUCGAGAACAGCAUCCCCUCGUCGUGUUUUUCCGCUACGGCCGUGCAGGAUGGCAAAGGAAACGUACCCAGUCCACAAAAGAAUCCAACCCCAGUUGGUGGGCAACAUUGCUGAGAUUUCGUCGCACGCAAACAAACAAGACAUGCUCAAAAAAGCACGACUGA